CACAUACACACACACACACACACACACACACACAUGCAGACACAGAUCCAGUGGCUGCUCUGUUUCUCUCACUCUCACCCACUCUCACCACUUUCUCUCUCUCUCUCUCUCUCUCUCUCUUUCUCUCUCUCGCUCUCUCUCACUCUGUGUGUCUCGCUCCUUCUGUCUCUCACUCCAUUCCUCUGGGCUCUGCAUCCUCUCCUUCUUGCUUCUUCUCACAAGUCAGAUUGUGUUUGUAAGUACGCGCUGAAUGUCUCCCUCUGUAUACUUGGGUCUUUCUGUAUGCGUGAGUGACUGGUUGGCUACUUUAGUGUGACUGAACUGAGCAGUGAGGUGGAUCAAGUGUAUGUGGGUCUCUGUCUCACCCUCACACACUCGCCGCUCCUCUUGCAACUCUUCUUGGGAUCUCCGGGUCCCUUUCCUCGGUGACAGGCUCCCCACACCAAGCAGUCACCAUUUCAGCCCCCGGGAGACCCACGCUGGCAGCGCAGCCCCUUCCCCGACUCAGCAUCGGGAGGAAGACCCUGGUGGCGGCUGCCGUAGGGGUUAUGCUGGUCCUGGUGCUGGUGGUCCUCAUCCCCGUGCUUGUCAGCUCUGUGGGCACAGAUGCCAGCCACUACGAGAUGCUGGGCACCUGCCGCAUGGUGUGCGACCCCUACCUGAACAAGGGCACUCCGGCCAGCAGCACCAGCUCCACCGGUCUUCAAGCUGAGGCUGAGGCUUUGAGUGACCACAGCAACGUGCUUCCACCGUCCACCUUAUUGCAAGGCCCACAGGGGAAGCCUGGCAGGCCAGGCAAGCCCGGACCGCCUGGACCGCCAGGUGAGCCAGGGCCACCAGGACCAGCAGGGCCUCCUGGUGACAGAGGAGAUCAGGGAAGGACUGGGAUUUUGGGUCUGGGGGGAAACGGAGCUAUCAGCACGGCCACCUACAACACGGUGCCUCGGGUGGCCUUCUAUGCAGGGCUUAAGAAUCCGCAUGAAGGCUACGAGAUCCUCAAGUUUGACGAUGUAGUCACCAACCUUGGCAACAAUUAUGAUGGCAUUUCGGGCAAGUUCAUCUGUAGCAUACCGGGCACAUACUUCUUUAUCUACCAUGUGCUGAUGAGAGGAGGAGAUGGCACCAGCAUGUGGGCAGACCUCUGCAAAAAUGGCCAGGUUCGUGCCAGUGCCAUUGCCCAAGACGCUGACCAGAACUAUGACUACGCCUCCAACAGCGUCAUCCUCCAUCUGGACGCAGGAGAUGAGGUUUACAUCAAACUGGACGGAGGCAAAGCCCAUGGAGGCAACAACAACAAGUACAGCACCUUCUCUGGCUUCAUCCUCUACGCAGACUGAGAACAGACAGACACAGAGACAGUCAGACAGGAAGAGAUUGAGAGAACGGGUUGUACGGAGAACAGUGGGAGGGGUUGUGCGUUAAAAGCCGGAAUGCUUCUAGUUUUCCUAAUUCUCCCCAUCAUCACAGACACCUCUGCUUCGUAUCCAUCAAUCGAGGCAUCCGGGCUCCGCAGCCGAGCCUGGAUGCAAAGCUCCCGAAGACACACUGAGAGGGGCUGGGCGGGAAGCGUAGGAGGAGUGGGACACGGGGUGGAGGUGGGCUGGUUUUCUGCGCUCUUCGCCACAAUGCCAACAUGUCAAAAGCUCCUCGCUUUCAGUGUUUCUCCUCUUCAGCCCUGCUCCAUUGCACAGAAAUCUCGACAACGAAAAAAAAGAAAACCCUGCAAAAGUGGAUGAUCUCACCUCUUCUCUUCACAGUGGCAACAGUCAGCUGUACUGUCAGUGAACUCGAUUGACUGGAAUUCGUAGUGUUGUUCCGUGCAAUUUUCCUUAGAUUGUGUUUUUAUUUUGUAGAUCUGCAUAAUAUUCUACACAAAUGAGAUUAAAAAAAAAAAAAAGAAUAUAUUCGUCCCUUGUGAAGAUAUCCUGUUUUACUGAGAGAACAGAUUUGUGAGAUUUUAUUUGUGAUGCAGCUCAGAGAUCUAACUUCUGGAAAAGAUAUCUUUAAAUCAGCACUGUCAGUGUUUCAUGGCAGUGUGUAUUUUUCUUCAUCGCUGGGUACAAAAAGGUAACUAUAUAUUGUUCAUGUGGAGAAAACAUUCUGCACCGUACCUUCCAAUGUAUCUGAAAAAGGAAAUAUCUUAUAUAGACAAAACCCUUCUCACCAACCACUUCACCCUAUUCACACACAAACACUGACACACAGUGUCCUGCUGCUGUUCGGAUUAAAAGUGGAGUUCAAAUCAUCUCUUCGAUGUUCUAGUUUUAUGUAGAUGCUCUGCUCGGCACAAGCAGUCAUGUGAAGAAACAGAAUCUUCAGAUUCAGAUGUAACCUAGCUGAAGAGCGUUACUAUCUGUUCUUUCUUCCUCUCUGCAGUGCCGACCUCCAAGUCUUCUUGCGCGGUGAAAAUCUGUCUUUUAAAGCAGAGGGCGAGGGAAAGAAAGUCACAAAGACUCAGAGAGAAAGAAUAAGAAGUAAGCGCGGAUGGUUGGAAAGUAGAGGGGGUGUUAAGGCACAGUAACAAUGAGUGGGCAAUUUUUCUGUUUCAGUGUCUCUGAGCUUCACUGGGUGUCAUCCAUUCAUUAGCUGCAUAUUCACUGUCACACAGGCAUUAUGGUAAUAUUUACUCAACAUGGCGGCCUGACAGCUUGCUUGAAAAUGAAACUGAUUGGGUGAGUGACUUGGCCUAUUACGACUGCACGUUUGUGUGUAUGGACGAAUAUAUGUGUGUAUGUGUGUGUGUGUGUAUGUGUGUGUUUGUGUGCACAAGUAUGUAUGUAACUACACAUACUACUGAGUGUCUGCAUUUUAGCAUGUGCCGUGUCAUAGCUACAUUGUUCUUUUAAGAGUUAUUCUGUGCUACAGCCAAUGACAGAUAUUUUACUCAGCAGCCAAUGAGAUUGUGCUCUGUAGGGUGGGGAGCCUCUAUAGAUACGAUGAGAAGAACAAACAGCUUGUAAAUGAAAUCUAUGACAUGUUUGUCUAUCUUAUCUUUUGGAAUUGUUGAAUACAUUUAAAUAAUAAAUGGGAUUUUUUGAGUGA